AUAACCUCUGCCCGGCGCAUGAGGACCGCACCGAAAUCCCUGUCGCCUGCGUGCCACCGCAAACCCUAGCCUCCGUCGCCUCCGCAGCACCGCAAACCGGAUCCAUGGAUCCGGAGUCCUACGUCCGCUCGUGCCUUCCGGCUCACGCCGUCGUCACGGGCGCCAUCCUCUCCGCUGCGGCCGGCGAGGCCUACGACAGCGCCCUCACCGAUGACAUCCUACGCAUCAUCGUCUCCCGCCUCCCCAUCAAGGACGCCGUGAGCACCACCGUGCUGUCGAAGCGCUGGGUACGCCUCUGGAGCUCUGUGCCACCCGUAUUCUAUGAUGAGCAGCUCUCCACCUCCCCCGAAUCCACCCGAGUCGCCGCCGUGGACUGCAUCCUGUCCAGGCACCCGGGCCCGUUUCUCGCAGUACACAUCUCAUCCAUCGAAUUCAGCCAGCGCCACCUCAACGAGUGGCCGCCUCUCCUCGUCGACAAGUGCGUUGAGGACCUCGUCUUCGUCGGCUUGAUAGGAGGAGACAUCCUGAAUUACAUCCUUGAUUCCUCCCCCAUGCUGAAGGUGUUUAGUCUUGUUUUGAUCCAUGAACUUCCUCUGAUUGUGCUCCUCCGCGGUCAGAACCUCCAAUGCGUCAACCUUUGCUGCUUCAUGGGCAGUGAAAUCAGUGUGCUUGGGUACAUGGAUGCAGGAGCUCUCCUGCUCCAGAUUGGGGAAAUCAUUGUCAAGAAAGGAACAGAUGUCAGGCCCAGCACCAAGGUCUGGAGCGUGAGGAUCUUGGCUUUGAAGGUCAACUUUGGUGUGCUUGCUCAGCUCAAGGUCAACUUUGAAGGUCAACCUGUUGGCUCAGAUGCUUUCCCAAUGUUGAGAUCCUGCACAUUGAGGUACAUAGAAUCUGUGACACUGAAUCUGCCAUCUGAUGAGCAACAUACCGAGUUCUAUGAAGAGCUAGAUCUCAUUGGAUGCGUGCAGUCACAAAUCAAGAAGGUGGUUCUGCAUGACUUCCGUUGCAGUCAAAGUGAGCUCUCAUUCCUCAAGUAUAUACUGAAGACUGCAAAUCGCCUUGAUAGCGUCACCCUUGUGCAAGCUGAGAAUUCAGGAGGUGCGAUGGAUACUCAACUGAAUGAUUUAGCUGUUCUUCCCUGGGGGUGUCAAGCUUGCUCUAUUUCGCUUUUGGCCCCUAGACAAUACUAUGGCUGGAACUUCCGCAGGGCAUCUGAUCUUUCUAUUGAGGACCCUUUUGAUUUAGUGCAUGGGAAGGAGGUGUCGCAUUUCAGCAAGGAUUUUAAGUAGUCUAAUGGUUUAGGAUUAAUAACAUUGCCUACAAAGUUAAACAUUUGUCAGAUGUAGCUUGAUGCUA